AGUGAAACGAAACGUAGAAGUGAAUGUACCCAUCAGCAAAUGAAUGACAAAUUAAAAAGUUUUAUUUUUCUUAUAUUGGUACGAGAUUUUAUUGAUUGUUUUCUUUCAAGAUUUUCGGCCAGACGGCGACUGAAAUUGCAAGUUACUGUGAUAUAUUUAUUUUCAAUAAUUAACUCUUCUUGUCAAACCAAUUAAAUGAGCAGGGAUAUCGAGUUAUGUCUAUAAGUAAUGGAAGGUACAGAACUGGGUGGCGACCAGCAAUUCUGUUUGAGAUGGAACAAUUUUCAAGCAAAUAUAACUUCUCAAUUCGAGGCACUGCGCGAUGAUGAGGACUUCGUGGAUGUCACCCUGGCAUGUGAAGGACACAGGCUGGAGGCCCACAAAGUGGUUCUCUCCGCGUGUAGUCCUUAUUUCAAGGAAUUAUUUAAAAACAAUCCAUGUGCUCACCCUAUAAUAUUCAUGCGGGACUGCGAGGUGUCGCACGUGCGCGCCCUGCUACAGUUCAUGUACGCGGGCCAGGUGAACAUCGCACAAGCGCAGCUCAGCGCCUUCCUGCGUACCGCCGACGCGCUGCAGAUCCGCGGCCUCACAGAUUGCUCACAGCACAACGAUAAAAAAGUCAAUCGAAAGUCUCCCCCUUCCCAAUUACGUAAUUUGCUCAGCGCCAAGCCGUCACAUUCUACCUCCUCCUCCAAAGCCGUAAACCAAAACGUCGAAUCGAACGCUGCCGAAGAUCACGAGAAGAGCGCUAGUCGUCGU